AUGCCUCCGAUCACUCCCAGCAAUUGUGGUGUACCGGAGGAUGCAAACUCCCCAAAACGAGUCGUUGUUCAAGUAUCAGUGCAGGCCCCUAAAAGACUGGAUACGACCGAUUGCCCGAAUGCUAAACCAAUGAGAAUUGGGCAAGUUUUACAGAGUCAUGCGCGAAAUAGUAAGAAAGCUCGUACGUAUAAGACAGAGAUGCUAGCUGUAACUCAUAAUGAAAGCAAUAUUAUUCAUGAUGAAUCAUCCCUCAGUGACGAGUCAAACCACAGCUACGCAGCUACCGACCUCACCAAUGAGUCUAUCAUCGACUUCGAAAACCAACUCGACAUCCACGUUCUUUAUAGAGUCAAUCGACUCUCCUCACGCGGAUAUCCAACCAUUCACACCCGGGCAAUGCUUAUUAUGUUCCAAUCUCUCACCAAGCUUUGCAGACAGCGUCUUACAUAUGCAAAAAUCACACGGUACCUGCAUCUCGUUAUCUUCGGAUACCGAGAGUGUAUACAAUGCGGAACAGAGAGAGCUACCAUACAAGCUGUACAGCAGCACAUGAUCGGCAAGGGUCAUUGUAAAUUUGAUGUAUCAGAAGAAGACUCAGAGUUCGCCGAGUUCUACGACUUCGUUGGCUUGGAAGACGACACGGAAGGUGAGAUGGAGGACGACGGAGAUACGAGGAAUUAUGAGGAGGCAGACAUAAGCUCAACCCGAAAGCCACUGCUGGCUGGUGAGGAAUCAAUUCAUUUACCGUCGGGUAAAAUUAUUACCAAAAAGUCCUCAGCACAAUCAGAACGGUCGUUUACUCAGUUGCAUCGCCGGAUACGGAACAGAGCGUCGCAACUAGAAUAUUCCCUGAUGGAGCCCGACGAUGUGGAGGGAUCCGACACAGAAACGCUCAACUCGGAUAAAGUCAAGACACGGACAUUAUCGAAGAGAGAGAAACGAGAGAAGGCAAUGGCACACCGAAAAGACGCAGAAAGAAGAUAG